ACCACAAGUGCCCCCAAUAAUACGACCUGUCCUGCAAACGAAGAGUUCAAAGAGUGUGGCACGGCAUGCGAACCGUCAUGUCGCAAUCCCAAGCCGGAAAUCUGUACUGAACAAUGCGUCCGAGGAUGUCAAUGUAAAUCGGGAUUCUAUCGUAACGAUGAAAAUGUCUGCGUGUCUAACUGCUCUGGAGGAGGUGGCUGUGGUGUGAACGAGGAGCGAAAACAGUGUGGCACCGCUUGCGAACCAACUUGCUCACAACCUAAUCCAACCGUUUGUUUUGCACAUUCAGUUGUCUCCUUUAUUCCUCGUUGCCUUUGCACAUCUUUGUUUUUGGCUUUUAUACUAACCCAGCAUAUUUCUACUAAUCCUUUUCCUCACCUGAGCAUU